AUGGUUGCUCUACCUUGGGGCGUUGCCGCUGCGCGCGCUCUUCCCUUGACCUCCCGGGCAGCGAACUCGGCUUACGCGGAUAGCUCUAUGCUCGCCGCCCAGGCGCUGCAAGGCUGCCUGAACAUCCCCAACAUCAUCUCCACCACCUUCAACAAUGCCCAGCGGGUCUCCGUGACGACGCAGAAGACCCUCUCUGCCAGUGGCAUGGUCACAUCCAACUACACCAUCCAACCCAGCGACACCAACAAGCGGGGGUUCUCCAACUUCAUCAACGACUACUACGACGACGAGGGCUGGUGGGCGCUCGCGCUCAUCCGAUCCUACGACGUGACCCGCCAGCAGGCCUACCUGGACAAGGCCGAGAGCAUCUUCCAGGACAUGCAGGCCGGCACGGACGGCACCUGCGGCGGCGGCAUCUGGUGGAGCAAGGAACGCGCGUACAAGAACGCCAUCGCCAACGAGCUGUACCUCAGCGUGGCGGCGAGCCUGGCCAACCGCGUGCCGAGCAAGAAGCAGCAGUACACGCAGAUCGCCAAGGACGAGUGGGCGUGGUUCAAGCGGAGCGGCAUGAUCAACCGCGACAACCUGAUCAACGACGGCCUGACGAUCAACGCCGACGGCAGCUGCGCCAACAACGGCAUGCAGACGUGGUCGUACAACCAGGGCGUCGUGCUGGGCGGGCUCGUCGAGCUGGCCCGCGCGACGGGCGACUCGUCGUACCUGCAGGAGGCCACCGCCAUCGCCCGGGCCGCCGUCGCCCUCCUCAGCGACGGCGACGGCGUCAUCCACGAGGUUGACAGGUGCGAGCCGGACUGCGGCGCCGACGGCAGCCAGUUCAAGGGCGUCUUUGUGCGCAACCUGCACUACCUGCAGCAGGCGGCACCGCAGGACGUGUUCCGGACGGCGAUCCAGAAGAACGCCGACUCGAUCUGGGCGAACGAUCGCAAUGCGCAGAACCAGCUGGGCAUUGCGUGGACGGGGCCGGCGGACGCGGGCGAGGGGCCAAACGCGUCGACGCACAGUUCGGCCAUGGAUGUCAUUGUCGCGGCGUUGGCGGUAGUUUAAGGUGGUAGGUACGGAGUAAGCGUUGAGGAGGAGUCCUGGGGGGUUCUCGGGGUGACGUCGAAGGCUGGAAUCGAUGGUUUUAAACUUUUAGUUAUUACUUAUAUGUCCAUGUAGAUAGUGC